GGCCAAGAGACGAAGCGUGGGGCGGGUUUGGGCGGACACCCCCCGGGGGAGGCAUCGGCGGAGCGCCCGGGACCUCCCCGACCCCGAGCGGUCACGGACAAGGGACGGGCAGACGGAGUCCCCUGGGGGAUGACACAGAACCAGAUCCCUGCCUCGUCGGUACCUCACCUUCACGAAGUCUGUGCUAAAAAAAAAAAAGACAGAAGUAUAAUUACUCUGGCACGCCUGCAUUCCUGCUCCAGGCUCAGGCGGGGAGGGACUCUUUCUUGUUGGAGCCACGAAGAGGAUCUGAUCCGUGGAGAUCAUCGCCACGAACGUGUGUAACUGAAACCUCCAGCCAUGCUGAAACAGAUAUUAUCGGACAUGUACAUCGAUCCUGACCUGCUGGCAGAACUCAGUGAGGAGCAGAAGCAGAUCCUUUUCUUCAAGAUGAGGCAGGAACAGAUCAGACGGUGGGAGGAAAGAGAAGCUGCUGCGGACAAGACUUCAGCGAAGAAGCCACUGACGAGAAAAGCCAACGGGAAGUCGGUGACAUGGAAGCUCGGUGCUGACAACGACGUCUGGGUCUGGGUGAUGGGUGAGCAUCCUUCAGAUAAAUCGUACGCGGCCAUCUGUGAAGAGAUCCAGGCACAAAGGGCAAAGCGGUUAGCAAGAGAGCAAGGCAAGGAGGGCAGAGAGACUGACUUUUCUGUAACACGGUCUCUACAUCCGCAACCAGGAGUCCUGGGAGAGACAGAUCUUCACGGGAACAUAAAAAGCACUGUGGAGGAAAAGAAGGAAGGUGGGAGAAAAACUACUGCUGCUACAACAGGAAAAAGCCAGGACCUCACAAAGAGGGAAACCAGAGAUAUUCACCAGAUGCUGGCAGACUGCCAAGUGAGGAAGCGUGGCUUCCAGCAGACGAAGGAAGCACAGAGGAGAAAUUCAGGAGAAGAGACCACAGUCCCCCAGCAGGCAAUACCACAGAGCCACCCCAGCUUGGAGAACCAGAGGACGCUGCAGAGAUCGGAUGAGAAUGAGCCCGAAUGGCAGGAAUCCUUGCGGAAAUCCAAGGCGGCAGAUGAGAAGAGACGCUCCCUUGCACGGCAGGCCAGGGACGACUACAGGAGGCUUUCACUGCAGGGCAUCCACAGAGGGAAGCAGGCAGAUAUUUCCAAGGGUGCGACAGCAGGAGAUCGGCGACCACUCCAAUAUCCACCUCUCCCUCCCAAGCCUAAACUGCUACCUCCUGUGGUAGCAAAUGGGAGACCGAUUAGGAAAGAGGGAAUCCAGAGGACAAUCUCCAAUUCCACUGAGGAAAGCAUCAUCAAAUGGUUCAAAGAGGAGCAAUUCCCUCUCCGAGCCGGCUAUCAGAAAACCAAGGACACAAUAGCGCCUUGGUUCCACGGUAUCCUAACCUCUAAGAAAGCAGAGGAGCUUCUGAGUAAAACAUUACCAGGGAGUUUUCUGGUCCGGGUCAGUGAGAAAAUCAAAGGCUACGUGCUCUCCUAUCGGUCUGUGGAAGGAUGUAAACACUUCCUCAUUGAUGCCUCAGGUGAUUCCUACAGCUUCCUUGGCGUGGACCAGCUACAACAUUCAACACUGGCUGACCUUGUAGACUACCACAAGGAUGAACCCAUCACUUCUUUGGGGAAGGAGCUGUUGCUUUACCCGUGUGGCCAGGAGGACCAAGAACCAGAUUACAUCCCCCUCUUUGAGUGAACCUCCCGGUCUUGCUGUGCAGCCCCAUGCUUGUAUUCACAAAGACUGAACUUCAAACCAGAGCUGCUGAUGCUUACCCGAAAUGGUUGCCAUAAGUGCCUCUAUUUUAUAUCCUUCACAACAAAGCAGUGGGAGGAUAAGUACUGGUGUGGGCCUGUCCUAUCAACUGAGUUAAAGGAUGCAUCCGCCCAGCAAGCUGCAAAGCACCUGGAUGUAUCCCACACAUGGACUGAAUGAGAUGAUGAAGUAAUCAGUUGAACAGCGAGAUACUGCCACCUAUUUUCAAUGGGGUUUUGCAGAUUUCCUGGGGGACUUCAGUAUUCUAGCUGCCUUUUAUUCUUGAAUGAAAGGUUGUGUGCCAUCUGGGAAAUAGAUUAGUAUCUGCCGUUGAAUGAGAUCAUACCUUCUUGAAGGCACAAAACAACUUGGAGAGGUGAAUCAAUCUUGAUAUAGUAAUUUUCGUAAUGUGAAGCUUAAUCCUGUAAAAUGCUAUGCCCUUGGAAUCAAGGAUGUUCAAGCCAAAUAUCCAAGCAAACCCUGGGUGCCUUUCAGUGAAGGGUGUUCUCUAUGAAGAGGGAUUUUCAUGAAAAGUGCAUUUUUUAAACUCCUUUAGCCUCUGAAUAUAGAUCCUCACUUUUUAACCUGUGUUUAAAUCCCACACUGGCCUUUCUGCAUAGAGAAGGAUUAACCUUUUGAAAUGGAAAGGAGAAGGGAUACAGGAAUUUGUAUGAAAGAUCACCACAUGCACAGAGCCCAAAAAAAUGUAAGAAGCAGUACCUAUAUCAGUAUUAGUACAUUUUACAGAAAAGUGUUUGCCAGUAAAGAAUGCUAUUUUCCAAAUGGAGCUAUUUAUUGCAAGUUGUGUCCAUCUUACUGAAAUGCAUCUGGUGUAAACUUUAACAUGGAAUUUGUUCUUUCAACAUAA